AUGUCUGCUAUUACGCAGACGAAUCCACAAUUCGCCGAAUUUCGUCAAUUAUUUUCCAAAGCACGUUCAGUAUUGGUUUUGACAGGCGCAGGCGUUUCUGCAGAAUCCGGUGUUCCAACAUUUCGAGGAGCUGGCGGUCUCUGGCGACAAUUUAAUGUCACAGAUUUGGCUACGCCGUCAGCUUUUGCUCGAUCACCAUCACUUGUUUGGGAAUUUUAUCAUUAUCGACGAGAACUUAUGCGAACUAAAGAACCUAAUAAAGCUCAUUUAGCAUUGGCCGAAGCUGAAAAACGUUUUGAAGAAGAAGGAAAACAUUUUUUUAUUUUAACUCAAAAUAUUGAUGGUCUUCAUCGACGAGCUGGUUCUCGUAAUCUUCUUGAAAUACACGGUAAUCUUUUCACAACUCGAUGUACAUCCUGUGGUUUUAUUGAAGAAAAUAAUGAUAGUCCAAUUUGUGAAGCUCUACGAAAUCGAGGAUUGCCAAAUGAGAAUGGUCCUGAGAUUGCAUUGAAAGAUCUUCCUAGUUGUCGUCAAUGUCAAUCUCUUGUUCGGCCUCAUGUCGUUUGGUUUGAAGAAUCACUUUGGCCUGACGUUUUGAAAAAAAUCGAUGAAGAAAUCGCUCAAUGUGAUCUAUUCUUAGUUGUGGGAACAUCAGCAAUUGUCUAUCCGGCUGCAGCCUAUGCUAUGAUUGUUGCAACACGUGGUAUCCCUGUAGCUGAAGUCAAUAUUGAAAAGACUCCUUCUACUUCUAUCUCAACUUUUCAUUUCGAAGGUCCCGCUGGCGAAAUACUUCCAAUACUAUUGUCACCCGUUACGGAUAGUAUUUAA